AAAUGAUAUGAGCGCAAGUUGUGCAAUUAUGCAAAUGUCAUACUUGUGUUUUCCCGCUUGUAAACUUUAUUGGCUGAUUAGAUACAACUGAUAGAGAAGUAGAGUCGGAAGGUUCGAUAUUUUCGAUAUACGUGAUAGAGUAUGAUGUCUUGGGGCCAAUUACAUAAAGAAGUAAAGAAGGUUAAGGUUGCAGCACAAAAAGUAGCUGCGAUGUCAAGGCUGAGAAGAAAUGUCAAAGACUGAAUCACAGCCGGUUCAUUAGUUACGAUGAGUUUGACCAAAGAAUGACUUGCAUGUUGGCUUUGCAAAUGCAAAGGUGCGAAACGUACUACAAAGAUUACAUAAUCUACUUUCGGUAGUAUCGAAUCUCUCGCCAGUCGCAUUUCUGCAAUUAGAUUCGAAUUGGCAGGGGGCAACGACAGUGAAUCCUUUACGCGAUGUCAAUGCAUAAGUGGCUGUCAACUGGUUCUAUAUACUUGAAUGUUGAAGCGAAUGAAGAGAAAGAUGGAAAUACAGAAAGUGAUAGCCGAGCAAUGCCUAGUAAUUCAGCUGGUCUCUUCAGUUAUGUUGCAAUUACAUGGAUGUCCAGGGUUAUGUGGAAAGCAUUUAGACAUGGGUUGACUGUAGAUGAUUUGUAUGAGUUGCAGAUGUCUGAUCGUGCUGAACCAAAUGCACAUCGUUUAGAAAAAUUAUGGAAUGAUCAUGUCAGAACAUAUGGAGAAAAAUCAUCAUUAUCAAGUGUGGUAUGGAGGUUUUGCCGAACUCGUUGCAUUGUGGCCAUGACCUUUAUGGUGCUUGCUGUAAUUUUUCAGUUCAUGGGUCCAGCUGUGAUUCAGAAAUUUAUUCUAGAGUAUGUCAGUGAUAAACAGGAAGAAUUUCCCUUGUGGUGGGGAUUAAUGCUUGUGGCUAUACUUUUUGUAUGCCAGUUGUUGCGUAAUUAUUGCUUUGGUGCUGGAUAUGUAAUGGGUUUACACACUGCUAUUCGUGUGCAAGGUGCUAUGCAAUUUUUGGUAUAUAAAAAGAUGUUAAUGUUACGAAGCGGAGGAGAACGAGUCCUAGGACAGAUUUUGACGUUUUGCACUAAUGAACAAGAACGCCUCUUUGAAGCUUGCCAUAUGGGAGUUCUUAUGUUCGGAACACCAGUGAUGUUCAUAAUGAGCGUAACAUAUUCUCUUCUUGUCCUUGGUCCAUGGGCACUGGGAGGAAUAGCUCGUGUCACUAGCUUGGUUCGUAUUGGUACUGUGCAAGUCACAGAUCAGCGUGUAAGUCUCAUGAGUGAAAUUUUGAAUAGCAUUCGGCUUAUCAAAAUGUACGCUUGGGAAGACAGUUUUGCUGAAAAAAUUGCAGAUGUUCGAAAUCUGGAGCGGAAACAACUUCAGAAAGCUGCAUUUCUUCAGUCCUUUAGUAAUACUGUAACACCAGCCAUUACUGUCCUGGCAUCAAUUACGACUUUCCUUUGCUACAGUUUAACAGGUCAUGAUCUUUAUGCUACUGAAGCUUUCACAGUUUUUGCUGUAUUUACUGCUAUGCAGUUUACUGUUGGUACACUGCCCUAUGGAAUAAAGUGCCUGGCGGAAGCAAAUGUUAGUUGUAAGAAGAUUCAGAAAUUCUUGCAUCGACCAAAUUAUGAAUCUCCAUUUUCAAAAAUGGUUAGCGACGAUAUAAUUCACAUUCAAAAUGGUGUUUUUGCCUGGGAAUCUCAAAAACGAGAAGAAAUAUCUCGAAAGAAAGGUCGCAGCAAGAAAACAUAUCAAACAAAAUCAAAUGAUGUUGCGAAUGGCAGUGCCAAAGAUGAAAGAGGAGCUUUCUUGACACAUGAAGAAAUGCAACCUGUUAUAGCUUUACAGAAUUUAACCUUGAAUGUUGCUAGAGAAAAAUUGAUAGGAGUGUGUGGAAGUGUUGGUUCUGGAAAAAGCUCUCUACUUUCUGCUAUUAUGGGUGAUAUGAUGAUGGUAUCUGGUGACCUUCAAGUGAUGGGGAGUGUUGCCAUCGUCUCUCAGCAAGCUUGGAUUUUUAAUGAUUCAGUUCGAGAGAAUAUUCUUUUUGGACUACCAUUUCAAGAGGAUAAAUAUCAGGAAGUUAUUGAAUGUUGUAGCUUACAGCGUGAUUUAGAACUGUUGGCCAAUGGUGAUAAAACAGAAAUUGGGGAAAGAGGAUCCAAUUUAAGUGGUGGCCAGAAACAAAGGAUUAAUCUGGCUCGAGCAGUAUAUGCUGAUAAGGAUAUCUACUUGCUGGAUGACCCAUUGAGUGCUGUUGAUGCCAAAGUUGCGAGAAAUAUUUUUAAUUACUGUGUAAAAACCAAAUUAAGUAAUAAAACAGUUCUUCUUGUUACACAUGGAAUGCAAUUUUUAGAACAGUGUGAUGAAGUUCUUUAUAUGAAAGAUGGUGUUAUAUCGGAACGAGGAACUCAUCAAGAACUUGUUGAAUCAAAGAAAGACUAUUAUCAGAUGUUACAGUUUGACCAAGUCAGAGAUAAAAAGGUUGUUGCAGAAAAUGCUGCGGCAAUGGGUGACUCCUGUUUGAAUGGGGAAAUAAUUGGCGAUGAAGCUGCAGGAAAGUUGACAUCAGAGGAAGAACACAACAUGUCACAAACAGGUUUCAGAGCUUAUCUUCGCUAUGCACAGUUUUGUGGUGGUUUUUGUAUUAUGCUGUUGUUACUGCUCUUGGUAUUGUUUUUUACACUUUCAAGACUCGCAUCUGGAAUUUGGUUGCGAAAGUGGUUGGAUGAAGGAGAUGGAAGAGAGGCAGAGCGUCGCAGUGAUAAUACUUCAAAGUAUGAAAAUUACACUGAAAUAGAAAUGAAAGGAAAAGUAAAUAACAAUCCCUUCUUGUGGAUAUAUCAACUUGUUUAUGGCCUUCUGUUUGUUGUAAUGAUGCUCCUUGGAUUAUUCAAAGGCAUUUUAAUUGCUCGACAGUUGUUAUUAGGCUCUUCGUGCCUCCACGAUACAAUGUUCCGCAAAGUGAUGAGAUGUCCCAUUUCAUUUUUUGACACCACACCCACGGGAAGAAUAUUGCAACGUUUCUCCAAAGAUAUGGAUGAAUUGGAUGUACGUGUGCCAUUUUUUUUUGAAUUUGUAUGGCAAGGAUUGAUGUUCGUGAUUACACAAAUGGUCUUAGUUUGCGUCAUUUUUCCAAUAUUUUCCAUUCCAAUGGCAGUAGCAACAGGGUUGUUUGUCCUUCUUGAUAUUUGGUUAAAUAUUGGACUCAGAGAAACCAAAAAAUUGGAUAAUCUUUUGAAAUCUCCUGUCAUUAAUCAUAUAUCCUCUACAAUGGCAGGAUUGUCUGUUAUCAGAACUUAUGGUAGGCAAAAGGUAUUUCUUGAAAGGUUUUGUGGGAAACUUAAUCGCACUUUGGCAUCUGAUUUUAUAUUUCGUUCUUCUAUACGAUGGUUCACUUUUCGCAUGGACAUGAUUGCUGUUGUGAUGGUGACAUUAACUGGCUUAGUUGUGGUUGUGUGUAGAGAUUCUGUUUCUGCAGCCAACUGUGGACUUGCACUUUCCUGUGUUUUUGCGGUUAGUACAUUUGUUCCCUUUGUGAUGCAGUUAAAAUCUGAAAUGCAGGCACGUUUUACUUCUGUUGAAAGGAUUCUUGAAUAUACUGAGGAUUUACCUGAAGAAGCACCUGUGAAACUACCUGACACAGCGCCUCCAACUAAUUGGCCUUGGUCAGGUGCUAUUCAAUUACAUAAUGUUCAGUUAAGAUACCGUCCAGAUUUACCUCUUGUUCUUCAUGGUGUUACUGCAAAUGUUAAAGGAGGAGAAAAAAUUGGAGUUGUGGGAAGGACUGGUGCUGGUAAAUCAUCAUUGAUUACUACUUUACUGAGAUUGACUGAACUUGCUGGAGGCAGAAUAUUAAUAGACAGUAUUGACAUUUCCAAAAUCGGAUUACACGAUUUAAGAUCGGCAGUGGCCAUUAUACCUCAGGAUCCAGUGCUUUUCCAGGGCACUAUGAGGUACAAUCUUGAUCCUUUUGGAGAACAUUCGGAUGAGAAAAUAUGGGAAGCAUUAGAGAAAGCUCAUUUAAAGGACAAGAUAAGUAGAGAAGAAAAGCAACUUCAGAGUCUUGUGGAAGCCGAUGGAGAAAAUUUAUCUGUUGGGGAAAAACAGUUAAUAUGUCUAGCUCGAGCACUUCUUCGUAAAAAUAAAAUUUUGCUUCUUGAUGAAGCCACUGCAUCUGUUGAUGUUGAAACUGAUUUUCUUAUUCAACAAACUAUUCAAGAUGCUUUUGGUCAUUGUACUGUUUUGACUAUAGCUCAUCGUCUUAACACUAUUUCUUCAUAUGAUCGCGUCAUGGUUAUGGAUGCAGGGAAGGUAAUAGAGUUUGAUUCUCCUAGUAAUCUUAUGAAUAUUGAGAAUUCUGUGUUCAGGCAGAUGAUGUUAGCAAUGGGAAUUUCAUCACUGCAGGAUAGUAAUACCAUUGGUAAAAUUAGUCAUUCAUAGUAUUAUAUUUUCUGACAGUGACAUUUUAAAACAAAUCCUAGGCAUUGUGCUUACAGUUGGAGUACUUAUAAAGAUGGCAAUCGUGCAAGUCAAGAAUUCUUUUAUUUAUUCUAAUAACAUGCAGCAUUAGUCAUUGAUGCAGAAUCAAUCAAGUGCUUUCAGUGUUGCCUAGUAGAAUUAAGAAUUUUGUAUUAGAUCUUCCUUUUAAGUACAAAGUUGCUACUCAGUGACCCCUCUUUUUCUGUUAGGUCAUAUGAUGUAGAAUUUCUAUAUUGAUAAAUGUUAAUGUCUUUUGCUGUUGUAUAAAAAGUGUCCAAUGAAUGCGGUUAUGAAGCAGUGUUAAACAUUUUUCAGUCAAUAAAAAUAACAGUGCGUGCCUUCUCUUCUGCACUCCAGAGGGUAGUAGUUCAGCAGUGCCUUGAAUUUUUGCUCACAAUAUCUGAAACUUCAUGUACGUAAUUAAUUUCUCAUUCAGUGCUUCACAUUGCAUAGUUCAUAAAAUAAAUUGGUAAACUUGCUGUAUGCAGAGGUACUAUAAAUUUCUUGUAUAUUUAGCUUUACAUUCACAACUUUUAAUCCACAUAAAUUUCUCAAAAUUUUAUUUUGCUGGAUUGAUCUUGUAUAGAAAUAUUAGAUAUUAAAUACCACAAACUGCCUCUUGCUUUCUUACAUUUGAUAAGUCCUCUAAGCUGUGAAGGUGGCCGUGAUGUCAUAGACAAAAGGGAGCAGAACGGUCAAAACAUCUUGUGACAACUCUUUACCAGAGAUAUUCAGCUCCUUUUCAACUCAUAGGUACAAUUGAAUUGUUGAAUAUCUUGUGCCUCUGUGUCUUAGUUUAAAUUGUAAUAGUAAUCUCAUACAAUUAUUUUUUUUAUUUUUCAAUACUGUUCCAUAACUGAAUGUAAGAGACUUUGUCGGAACCGAAUAGAUCUGCUUGAAGUGGCCACUUUGUAUUCAAACUUUUUCUUUCAGUAUGCUGGUUGUGUCAUAGUUGUAAUAGCUUUUCUAUAUAACUCUUUAAAAGAGUUUUCCUUUGUUUUUGUAAUGUGAGAUGGUCACUGGGCACUUAAGGAAAUUAAGCUCUCUGUCCAUCAUUGGAAAAUGCCUUAUUGGAAAUGUAAGGAUUGUUGUUGUGUUUAAAUUGUGAUUAUGUUCAAUAUAAUUGAAUGUGCUUUACUUUAGAAAGCAACAACAAAACCCAUUGAAUUGACUAAACUGUGGAAAGAAGUUAAUAAUGAAGUCCUCUCUCUUCCACUAUUUUCUCAGAUACUAAGUUUGAUAUAUAACAUUUACUGCAGUGCUAUGACAUCCUUUUGAAGGAAGAUACAAAGUGUUCCUUUGUUGAAAUAUUUUAUUGUUCCUCAUGUUAAAGCUUUAUUAUAAAACAAGUGUAGAUUAUAGUGUUCUAUGGCUUCCAGGUAAUAUUUGUUGUAUUUUUUGUUUAAUGAUUUGUUAAUAAUGGAACUCGCUUGUUUUCAUUUUUAAUUUUUUUUUAAUUAUACAAAUGCUUUUUAUAAGAUUAUUUGUAAUUAUUGUAAGAAAUCUUUAAUAUGAAGUGAAUGAAAUAAUUUCAAAUUUGUGCCCUUAAGAUUUUUUUUCAGUUAUGUAAUGUAUUAGAGUUCAUUGUGUUUCAGAAAUCUCAUAUCAUUGACAGCACUGCUCUCUUUGAUGAAAAAUAUUUGUUUUUAAAUCAUAUUUUAGGGCUCUGAAUUUUACCAUCCAUUGCAGACUGUAUUGUUAAUUAGUUAUAUGUGAAAAUCCAACUGUAAAUCAGAAAAAUUCUUGCAUUUACUUUUUAAUCUAUUCUGGAUUUGAAAUGCUUAUAUAAAUAUACAAUAAUGUUAGUUAAAAUUUGGUACAAAAUCUACAUCCUAAAAUUGAUGAGGUAAUGUAAAUUGAUGUUCUAUCUUUAUCAUGUUUCAAAGUUGUACUACAGUUUUCUGAACUUGUAUUGUUUGAGUGUUUGAUAUUUAUAUAAUAUUGAAGAUUUAAAAAAAAAAGAAAUUGAAAUACUAUUAUAAUUUUAAAAAAUCCAUGUAUCCAAAAGGGAAUGACGUUAGAGGUACUAAUUUUGUUAAAAAUUUAGUUUAACCAAAUUAUGGAAUGAAUGAACAUCAAAGGCUCUCGUGUGCAUUUUAUCUUUUUCAAAAGGAAAAUUGUUAUAUGUAUUAAAACUACCAGGUAUUGUUUCCGAAGCCCCAAGAAUUUUGUGUAUCUAGUUAAAAAAAGUUGCUAUUGUGUUUGCUUUAAAUAUAAAUCUCAAUAGUUUGAACAUAGAACUUGUUAUUUAUUUUGAAGCAGAGAAAAAUUAAAUUGUUUACUUUUGUACAACUGUUAAAUGUUAAGUGGUUUGGUAAUCUUGAAUAAAUUAGUUAUUGGUUCCCUAGAUAUGAUGAAUUCAAAAGGAAAUUUCUGAGGAAUGUUCUGGGUACGUCUUUUACAAUGUUUUUUAAAAUAGUGUAACAAAAUCUGAUGGCUUAUUUUUUUAUUCACAAAUAAGUUAAAUAUUUUUUUCAAAUGCAAUAUUAAAAUUUUGUAAAUACACUAGAAUAGUGUUUUUAUGUACUACAGAAAUACACUAGAUUAGUGUGUUAAUGUGGAGUUACAAUAAAAUUCAAUUUACUUUUGUCAAAUUAUUGGAGUAGUAAUUUAUGUCUAUAUAAUACGUUGCAGUUUUUGUUUUCAAACAUAAAUAAAGUAUACUACAGCUGAGAUCUUUUCUAUGUUAGAACAUUUUUAGGUGUUUUUGAGUUGUUGUGAAUUGUUGUUUUGAGUAUGUGAGCUUGUGUGUAGUUGUGUACAUGUAUGCUGUUACAUGUGUAUGUGUAUGCAGCUGCAUGCACAUAUGAAUAUAUGCAUGUGGCUUCCUGCAUAUCUGCAUGUGAUGGCACACGUGUCUUUUUUCCAAAAUUUCAGUUGAUAAUAUUUAACUGAUACAUGAUGUUGUUCUUAAAUUUUGAUAUCUUGUUUCACUUAAUAAUUUGAAACCUAUAAUUAGUUUUGACUGGUGAAAUUAUUUGGAAUUAGAAAUUUAAUACGGAACACAAUGCAAUUAAAAUGACAAUAGACAAAAUAGAAAUUCCUUGAGAUGCAAUGUCCUGAAAUAACUAUGUGUAGUUCAUUGAAGCUUAUUGAACUGUUUAUGUUUAUUGUAUUAACUGCCUGUCUGGUUGUAUAAAUUAUAUAGAGUUAAAUUGUUAAAUUAAUCUUUUAUAUUAUUAUUACUACCUGAAAAAUGGAGAUAGAAAUGCAGAAAAAACAAAUUAAUGUUACUGGUAUUCUUCUUGAACUCAUUUUGGUUUUUAUGUGAACAUGUAAGAUUUUUCAGGCCAUGUGUUUUCUGAAAAACAUAUUUUGUCAUAUCGAGAGAACUGUAAUUCUUUCCAAUGGACUUAAUGAUCAGCGUAUGUAGAGGUGAAGUAGCAAUUUAACAAGGAUCUGGUUGUAUUUUCAGGUCAUGCAGGCCUGUAAAAUGUGUACCUGAACUAAUUAAAGGUUUUCUAUAAUUUAAAAAUGGUAAACAUUCUGAAAGCUUUGCCAGGAUAUUCAUUGUGUCAACAAGUAACUGCCAAAGACUUAAACAAAUAAUUUUGAUCAGUAUGUAAACUUUGAGCACUGUUUAUAUUUUUGAUGUUUUUGAAUAUGGUAUUAAGCCUGCUUUACCUGAAGAAGAUUUACUCCAAUUUUUCUGGGUUGUGUGUGCUUGUCCAAAUAUAUGGAAGAGAACAUUGAUACACAAGACAUCAGCUUGAUAAUGUCACCCUACUGUUAUUGUUAUGUCAAGUACAGUGCAACAGAAAAGACUCCUCAGUGUCACCUUGCUUGCAACAAACAUUUUGUUGGUAGCAGUAUGAAACCAAAGAAAAAUUAAAUACCGACUCAUCACAAUUAUAGCAGGUGCUGGAAGUGUUGUUCCCUUCACUUCUUUCCCAGUGAUCUGUUUACUACCAACAUAAAUGCAAUUUUUAAUGGGAGACCCUGUCUCAGCCCAGUGCGGAGAGACUUUCCUGGUACACUACACAUUCCAUUGUUAAAUGUACAUGUACAAGUAAAUAUUUUAUAUCGCAAAUCAUUUGUUGCGUAAUCUUUAACAAUGACUGAAAACUCUGAAACAUGAUAGAAUGCACACAUUCAAAUUUGUAAUUUCAAAUUUAUUUCAUAAUUUACUGAAUUAGAUUGAAGCUUGCCAACGGAAGGAAAAACUGAAGUAAAAAGUGCUAUGAAAUAAGAUUGGAAUGUAGAUAAAAGUAUGAUAAUGAUACUGGUUUGUACAUAGAAAAUAAUUUGUACGAUUUUCUGUUAGGAAGUUUGUUCAUUCUUUAUAUAUUUAUACAGUCGUCCAUUUCAAAUAUCUCAUUUUGAUAAUUUGAGCCGAGAUAACUUGUUUCUAGAAGUCAAUCUUCGGUCAACAUAGUUCAUGUUUGUUGUCGUCUGAUGACAAAACUGCUGACUAACCUUCUGUAUUAACUUUCUUUUUCCUCCCAUAAUUCUGAACUGAAAUAUGUUUAUGUGCUUGGAUCUUGUGAAGGCAGGUUCACCGGAGCAGUUGUACAAAUUGUUUCCCUGGGGAAAUUGGAGUAAAGUGUGUGAAGUAGGUGAUAAUACCAGACAUGAUAAUUAUACAGAUUUUUCUGUAUUAGCUUUACAUAUCGUAGUACUUAUUUUAAUGUACAACAUUUUACAGUCGAAAACCUCAUAGAUAAGUAUUAGUUUAGUGUGCUCGGCAUUGUUUAAUGUUGUUUUUAUGGGUAAUAAUGUGAUCUUUAUUCCUCCACUGUGUUAAUGAAUUUCUAAUAUAAAAGAAAGUACAUUUUCAAUUGUACUCAAUAUUGUUGAACUGGAAUUCAUUUAUGUUAGGUUCAGAACUUUAAACCAGUGUUUCUCAACCCUUUUAAUGUGUCUAUGUACCUUAUAAGGAAAGUGUUUUUUGAAUGGUGUUACUUUUCUACGCUUUAAUAAAAUUGUCUUAAUAUGUACACAUGACUAUGCGAAUUCAGAUUACAAUUUUGAUACAGAAUUUUAGGUCAGUGAUUGUAAUUUCAAAAUUAAUACCAAAAGUUUAAUGUUACUGGCAGAGAAAAGUAAUAAAGAUUUUAUUACUUGUCUUAUUUCAUUGACAUUUUGUAAAGGAAUUAGUUAACACAAUCUGAAGUUAAUUGGUAACACUUGACGUGAAAUCUAUACGUUUGUACUUCUCUACAAGAAUCAGUCAAUUGUGAACACGUGACAUUCCAGUGCACCUAUAAAGUGGUACCAUAUGCAUGUUAUAGCAUUAACAAAUGAAAUAUUUACUUUUGAAUGGUUUCUUCUAUGUUUUCCGAAAGUCAUCUGUGUUUUGUGCCAUGCAGCCUUUAAGGUAUUCUCAGGUUUGUAGAGAGAAUAAUUUCUUGGUUGAGAGACACUGUUUUAAAGAAAUGAAAAUGUGGAAAAUUUAGAAAAAAAUAUUUCAGAAAGUUUCAAUUAUACUUGUAUGUUAAUCAACAUACAAAUGAUACUUAUGUACUUGUGUUCAAAUAUGAUCAUCUCUCUCCCUUGUUGUUUCUGCUUGAAGAAAUCAUUUUCCAGUAUUUGUAGAGAAAGUCAUGUUAUUGUUGAAGAUCAGCAUAAGUUUUCUUCUAUUGUGAUGAUUCAUUAUUUUGUUUCAUAAGAUGUUUAUUGAUAUGAAUUUUGCUUUAAAGUGCUUAAUGGAGGCUUACAUUUGCAGCCAUUAUAUAUAUUUACUCUGUGUUUUAUUUACUAUAUUACUGUGUGUUUUCUUGGCCUACAUAGACCACUUUCAUUGUUAUAAUGUGCAAAGGAAUGGAGUGAUACAGUGCCUUGAAAAUUUUAAAAUGUUGUUUUGUUUAUCUUCAAAAGCUUGUUUAUUUAGUUUACAUUAUUUUCCAGUAUUAAUUUGUGAGGCUUUAAAUUAUCUCCUGAGAAUUGUUAUUGGAAUGAAUAUGUAGAUAAUACUUUAAUAAAUGUUGAAAGUAGCUUUGUUAGAGUUUUGUAGGUUGUGAUUGAAUGUGAAUAAUUGUAUUGUAUUUAUUCCCCAUAUUUAUAAAUAUAAGAGACAACUAAUUAUGCUAAGUUUAGUUAUGCAAAUUGUAACAAAAAUUAAUGUUUUUGGGUAUUGAAUUUUCAUUCUGUUUAGUUUUUGAGUAUCCAGAAAUUUGUAGAAUGAUGAGUAUUGUGUUAUGUGAAGGUAGUUUUGAAGGAUGCAUUCAGAUGCAAUUGCACAAAACUUGGAAGAAUUCAAAACUUAAUGAAAAGUUGUUUUUAAGGGCCUUAUGAUAUUCAAUUAAAAUAAAUUUAUUACUGAAGAGAAACAACAUCUAAUUGUUGUGUUCAAUAAAACAUACAUUUUGAAUUAAUUUAAGGGAGGUCAUUGAAGAGGUCAAAUUAUAUAUUUGACUUACGUUGUUUCUCUUUAUAUUUAAUAUGUGAUUCAGUCUGAAUUCGCUAUUCUUUGUGCUUGCUAAUAGGUUAAUGAUAAUACUGUUGUCUAAAAUCCACAAAUUUUUAAGUCAUUCCAUGUUCUUUUUUUUUGUCAAUUGAAGUAAGAAAUGUAUUGUUUUGUGUUUUUGUUACAAAUACAAAAUUCCUUUCUGAAAUAUAUUUG